AUGGCAGCGCCGGGAGACGCGGACGGGGCCGACGCGGGUUCGAGGCCGGGUUCGGGGCGGCCGCCGCCCGGGGACCUGCGGAGCGCGCUCAUCACCAGCGUGCUGAGCCUGGAGCGCCUGGAGCUCGACCUCUUCAGGGGCCGGCACCACUGGGUGCCCGCCACGCAGCGCCUCUUCGGCGGGCAGAUCGUGGGGCAGGCCCUGGUGGCGGCCGCCCGCUCAGUCAGCCGCGACGAGCAGGUGCACUCGCUGCACUGCUACUUCGUGCGGGCAGGGGACCCCAGUGUGCCGGUGCUGUACGAGGUGGAGCGGACCCGCACCGGGAAGAGCUUCUCUGUUCGUUCCGUGAAGGCCAUCCAGCACGGAAAGCCCAUCUUCACCUGCCAGGCCUCCUUCCAGCUCUCCCAGGGGAGCCCGGUGCAGCAUCAGUUCACCAUGCCUUCUGUGCCCCCCCCCGAGGACCUGCUGACGCAAGAGGAGCUCAUCCAGAAGUUCCUGCGGAAUCCUAACUUGGCAGACAGAUACAGAAAGCACCUCACCAAGAUUCAAGCCGAAGAUGUGCCGAUUGAUAUCAAACCCGUGAACCCGCCAGACACGUUCUGCUUGGAGCCGCAGGAGCCAAAGCAGUUCUUCUGGGUGCGAGCACGAGGCUACAUAGGAGAGACUGACAUGAAGGUGCACUGCUGCGUGGCUGCCUACAUCUCCGACUACGCCUUCCUGGGCACGGCCCUGCUACCGCACCGGCAGUACCACAUCAAGCUCAUGGUGUCCCUUGACCAUUCCAUGUGGUUCCAUGCACCCUUCCGAGCGGACCACUGGAUGCUGUAUGAGUGUGAGAGCCCCUGGGCUGGUGGGUGCCGGGGCCUGGUGCAGGGCCGGCUGUGGCGCAGGGACGGGGUCCUGGCUGUCACCUGCGCGCAGGAGGGAGUCAUCAGGGUGCAGGAAAUGCCAAACCAGAGCAAGCUGUAGCCGAUGAGCCCCACAGGGAGGGGCUUGGGCACACUGAGAGGGAGACCCUGGGACCAAAACUGAUGCGGCAGAGCAGGACCCAGGCGGCAGGAAGGAGCUUUGAAGCAUGGGCUGGAUCCAGCACUGUGGGAGUGCUGGUGCCUGAGGCCCGCCGUGAUGGAUGGGGACCCACAGACGUCUGCUGUCACCAACAGCACAGCACAGAACCGCACUAUAUGAUCAGCACCUUUCACCUGCAAUAAAGCAAGCUGUUGGUGAAGAGCUCA